AGCAUCCUUUCUGUUUUAAAUUUACGGCGUUCAAAGUUACUCUAAAUAUUAUAUUACGUAACUGCCAUGAGCAGUUGGUUGACUAGACAAAGGAGCCAACUGUGCAUCCCUUCUAGAUGUUAGUUUCUGCUUGCAUAUAUACACCUAAUUGAAGAUCAGAAGAAGAACAAGCAGAAACAAAAAUGGGUACUGUGUUUCCAGACUCCAUGGAUGUACCCUCCACCGACAAAGAAAACCCUACUGUUCAAUGUCUGGAGGAGCUUGACGCAGGAGCUUUGUUUGUACUGAAAUCAAAAGGAUCAUGGCUGCACUGUGGAUAUCAUUUGACAACUUCUAUUGUGGCUCCGGUUAUUUUCAGUCUUCCCUUUGCUCUUGCCUUACUGGGAUGGGUAUACGGAAUCCUCUGCCUAGCAUUUGCAGCUCUAAUUACCUUUUAUUCAUACAAUCUUCUCUCUCUGGUUCUGGAGCACCACGCUCAGCUUGGAAAGCGUCAACUCCGGUUCAGGGACAUGGCUACAGACAUACUUGGACCCAGAUGGGGAAAAUACUUAGUUGGCCCACUUCAGUUUGCAAUAUGCUAUGGUUCUGUGAUUGGUGGCUCUCUUCUUGGAGGGCAAUGCCUGAAGUUUGUUUACCUGCUCUACAAGCCCAACGGAGGAAUGCAGCUAUAUCAGUUCAUAAUGAUUUUUGGAGCUGUGCUACUGAUCUUUGCUCAACUGCCAUCCUUCCACUCCCUAAGACACAUCAACCUUGGCUCCCUGGUCCUCUGUUUUGCUUACAGUGCCUUUGCCGUUGCUGGUUCCAUACACAUUGGAAAUUCCAGGAAUGCUCCAGUAAAGGACUACUCCAUCAAUGGAUCUGAAGUAAACCAUGUUUUUGGAGCCAUCAAUGCUAUUUCUAUCAUUGCCACAGCCUAUGGAUGUGGGAUCAUCCCUGAAAUACAGGCAACUAUAGCUCCUCCAGUGAAGGGCAAGAUGUUCAAAGGCUUGUGCAUCUGUUUUACUGUCAUCUUGAUGACAUAUUUCAGUGUUGCAGUUUCUGGGUAUUGGGCAUUUGGCAAUCACACACAAUCAUCAAUUCUUAACAAUUUCAUGGAUGAUAAUCAGAAGCCAUUGCUGCCUACUUGGUUUCUUUUGACAACCAAUAUCUUCGCUCUUUUCCAACUCUCUGCCAUCACUGUUACCUAUAUGCAGCCAACAAACGAGCUGUUCGAAAAAUGUUUUGCUAACCCGAAGAUGGGUCAAUUUUCCACAAGAAACAUUGUACCAAGGCUGAUUUCCCGAUCACUCUCAGUGAUUACUGCCAUUUUAUUUGCUGCUAUGCUACCGUUCUUUGGAGACAUCAUGGCCUUGUUUGGAGCAUUUGGCAUCAUACCCCUGGAUUUCAUUUUGCCGAUGGUUUUCUACAAUGCUACAUUCAAGCCAUCAAAAAAGAGCCUUAUAUUCUGGGGCAACACAUUGAUAGCAGUAGUCUCAACAGCACUGGCAGCAGUUGGGGCGGUAGCAUCAGUUCGACAGAUGGUUCUGGAUGCCAAGACCUACAGUUUGUUUGCUAACAUGUAGUAGUGUUCCAAACAAUAUUGUGUAUCAGCAGCGAAGAAAAAAAAAAAAAAAACAAAACGUACAACUAUUAUUUGAUCAAGUCUACUUUACAUGAGCUCAAGUAUUCACUGCAUCUUCCCACCACCCUCUCCUCCUCUCUCAAAUCUCUCUUCCCUUUUCAUUAUUUCAGCUUCUGAAACGAAGUCCCAGGUUCACUUUAUAUGAUCAGUGAGUUCUUACUCUUCUUUACUUCUUAUUGUUCUUUCUCUGGUAUGUGUUGGGGAUGGGGGUUGGAAGGAACAAGUGGUUUAUUUUAGUGAUGGAGAAGAGGAAAUAUUUCUGGGGUUUCUUAUUGAUGAUUGUAGGUACGGU